AUGCGGAUACACUCGCUAAAUCUAUUUGCAAGACUGCGAGUCUCGAAGAGGAACGUCUCGAAGAAAGAAGAAAUGGAGACAUCCGAAGAGAAUAAUGACUCUGGCGGCAGCAGCAACGGCAGAUGCUAUCUCCUAGAGCUUCCUACGGAGUUGCUCGCCAUGAUAUCAGAGCAUCUAGAUCCUCUUUCCGGAGCUUGUCUAUCCCUGACUUGUAAGCGCAUGCUAGUGAUUUCCGGAAAAUCAUUGGUAUCAGAUACGCUCCAGUUCAAAAAGGACUUUGCGCCUUUGUUUCACCACUACAGGAGCUCCCACAGCUUCGGGGCAGAUCGCUGGAAAUUGCUAGUAAGACUUGAGGACGACAGAUGGCUCGCCUGCUCCAAGUGCCUCAAACUUCACCCGCGCAGUGCCUUUACUUCAAAAGAACUCCGCCGAAACGCCGCCGACCAACGAGUGUGUGACUUUGGCGAAAUGGCCGGAAUCGUCGACUUGUGUCCGUGUAGGAAAUUGACGUUCCAGGACAAAGUCAACAUGGUAAAGAACUUGAAAGACCGCGAAGUCCUCACGAGGAUGCCGUCGAGCAUUCUAGGAAGCCGCCACUACGACGAGCGAUACCUAUGGCAUUCGUGCACCGCGCGGUAUGGAACGACAGAAACCAAGAUUGAGCUAUACCCAGAGAUUGGCGACGAUGGAAGUCUCAUUAUGCGGACCGAGUACCGUUUGUACGUGGAACCAAACCGGCUGGGCAAGCAUCAACAUAUAACGCCUCGUUUUGGAUGUGCACACCGAUCGGUGGACCUGUGGCUGUCGAGUGUAUGCCAGACGCUCUACUGCCAUCGCUACAACUCGUACUGCUCGUCAUGUAAGCGGAUAACGGCUUGCAGCACAUGCGACACAACGCUGAAAUGCCCUAAAAAGAGGCCCUUCCAUUGCCAAGAGACCAACCGAAUGUUCUACUUCUUCUGGACUCAGCGGAACCUCGGGCGAUCAAACAAUAUGCCAGACAAAGAAUGGGCAGUGCAAAGAACACACCCGGUCGAGCCUCAUGUUACGUGGAAUAACUGCCGGGAACUGUGUCCGUGGACCAUUCGAAUGCACCCGCCGCCGCCUCAUGCGCCUUUGCUAGACAAUGAUAUCCUGAACCACGGCGAGGAGUUUGCCAGUCAGGUAUACACGUCGCUUCAUCUCGAGGAAGUAAGCACGACGAAUUCGCAUUAG